AUGACGUUAUUCCUCAUGAUAACGUCCAUUCAGGCCAUGAUUCUUACUUGUCAAAGUGCUGUGGAUUACAGUUCUCGUUAUGAUCUGAGUUAUGAUAAGCUUGUCAUUGGUGUAGGGGCUAUCAGUAAUACCUUUGGGGUCCCAGGAGUGUCUGAACAUGCCUUCUUUCUAAAGGAAGUUGCUGAUGCUAGGGCCAUCAGGAAUUGUAUUCUCAGUAACUUUGAAUUGGCACUCCAUCCAAACAUGACAGAACAGGAUAAGAGACGACUUCUUCACAUUGUUAUUGUUGGUGGUGGACCAACUGGAGUUGAGUUUGGUGCAGAGCUCCAUGACUUCGUUAGAGAGGAUGUUUCCAGACUUUACAAGGAAGAACAGAAGUUGGUCCAGGUUUCCCUAAUAGAAGGUCGGAAGGUACUGGGUGCUUUCAAUCAGAAGCUACAGCAGUAUGCCGUCAAGAAGAUAAAAGCUAGGAAACAGAUGGAAUUAUUACAGGCCAAUGUCAAUAAAGUGGAAGCUGAUGGCGUGACCUUGUCUGAUGGUAGAUUUCUUCCUUGUGGUCUAGUGGUAUGGUCAACUGGUCUUGCUCCACGACCCUUCACAGAAUCCCUUGAUCUUCCGAAGAAUGCACAAGGUCAGUUAGUAACGGAUGAGAGGUUAAGAAUAGCAAUAGUAGAUGACAGCAGUGUCUAUGCAUUAGGAGACUGUGCUGAUAUAGUAGGCAAUCCUCUUCCAUGCACAGGCCAGGUGGCAGAAAAGCAAGGUCGUUACCUAGCUAAUCUGUUGGCCCACCCCGGACCUGUUGAAGACAUCCCUCCUUAUGUCUACAAAGGCUUUGGAAUGUUGGCCUAUUUAGGAGAUUACAAGGCCCUGACUGAGACACCUGCCCUCAAGACACAAGGAUUUAGUUCAUGGCUUUUGUGGCGAUCAGCAUACCUGACACGUCUUGGCAGCUGGCGGCUUCGUAUGCAGGUCCCUGUUGAUUGGACCAAGACUCUUCUAUUCGGCAGAGACAUUUCAAGGUUCUAGAUCAGUCAUAAGACCCAGAGAAGACUGUCUGAGUGAGCAUUAGAUCUACCAAUGGAAUUGGCCCUUCUGACAUGGAGAGGCAUUGUCAUAUGUGUCUGACAGCUUGGGAAACAGACUUUGAUCAACUCUGGGGUUAGUUGCAAGAAACUUGCAACCAAUUUCAAAUCAAUUUUAGGUCUUAAAAUUCACAAGUAGUCUUCCAAUGGGUUGAUAGCUUUUUCUUCCACAUAUCUAUUGCAUAUGUGUAAAAUUGCAAUUAGAGGAUCAGUAGCAACUAUAGUCAAUCAAUGUUUUCUUUCUGCUGCAAGAUAUAGGCUAGCAAUUGCAAAGUUUGAUUAAUUGCAAUGCUCAUGAUUAAUUAUAGGAAUUACAUUUUAAUUGCAUUGAUUGCAAGUCUUUUACAAUGCUCUCUUAUGGAGUUAGGUCUUAUAGUUUUUGCAUUGCCUUGCUGUUAUAGUUUUGCAGAUGGCUUUGAUGGUGGUUUGAUGGUUUACAUUGAUUUGCAUCGUGAGAAUAAUUAUAUCAUAUGGAUUUAAAAUUCGUCUAUUAGUGAUUACAGUAUCAAUCUUAUGACUGUCUGUGCAUAAUAACUUUGCCAGAUUUCUUUUCUAUUUAUUCCACCCCUUUUUUCCCAUGCACUAAGCUCUUCUUCAAUUGAAGUGCAUAUAACAAAACUACAUCUGUUAUUUCUUGACUAAAUAAAUUGGUUUUAUUCCUUAAUUUACCAUAGUGUAGGUCAUUUUACUACAUAAGUGAGAAGUAUAGUAGCCAUGUACAUUCCCAAUACCCGAACUUGUAAAGCUAGUCUUUUAUUCCCAAAGAUGUUGUAUAUGGACCAGUAAGUUGGCAGUUGGGUGUAUAACCAUAUUAGUCCAGGAUAGGCCCCAUAGACAAGGGGUCGAACCUUGUUUUUUUAGAUAUACAAUGUUUUUUGAUGGUUUUUUGUCAAUUCGAGGGUGCUGAUU